AUGGAGAUGAAGGUUCACUGUGUAUAAAAAGGCUGUUGUCCUUACGACGAAGCACAGAAGACAAACAGGAGGCUGAGGAGACUAACAGUUGUUGAGUCUUGUUGGAUCUUUUAGGUUCUAGUCAUGGAGCUUGGUCUCGCGAUGAGGAGCCUCCUCGUCGUGUGCGCUCAAAGCCGACCCCUGGUUCUUCAGCAUCUUCAACCACUACGGCCACCACGGCCCCCUCGGGGGACACAUCAUCUACGGCGGAUACGCCGGCCACGGCGACCACGAGGACGACCACGGACUCGAAGAACACGUGUUAGAGCAGCGUUCGGGGCAAGCCGAUCACGGAGGGCAUGGUGACCACGGAGGCCACGAUGCUGGGCACGCAGCGCACGGUGCAAAUGGUGGGCAUGGCUACUAUGGCUUCCCUCCAUACCCUGGAUACCCAGGUUACGGAGGUGUCGUUGGGUACCCGAGCCAUGGUGGGCAUGGAGACCACGGUAGCCACGGUGGGCACGAUGACCACGGUGGGCAUGAUGACCACGGUAGCCACGGUGGGCACGAUGACCACGGAGACCACGGUGGGCACGACGGUGGGCACGGAGGACACGGAGGUGUGUACGGAGACCUCAGUGACGUCUUCCACCCGUACAACGUGUUCCUGCGCAGCAACCGCGAGUACUUCGCCGAACAUCCCGAUGGCUACGACUUCCACUACUUCCCGAGCUACUAUUUCGGACGCUUCCUCAACCCGGAGUGACGAGCGACAAAGUAUAGCUUUAUAGCACAAACAUAAGUUUAUAUAUACUUACAAAGAAUGGGAAAAAAAAAUGAAUUAA